AUGCCUUCGGCAGGUGGAGUGCCAGCUCCUACCAUCACUCCUUUAAGAUUAAACGUACAUGGAAAAUCUUCUAAUACAAUUGAUACUGGAACAUUUAUUGAAUUGGGCAAAGAUAGUCCUGAUUUUCUAAUCUAUUUCACUACGAAUGGUGAAACGCCCAAUCCAUCGCAUCGGAUCUUUGCAGGUCGUGAAGUUACCUAUCGUUACCGAGCCCCAUUUCAACUUAAAAGCGGUCGUCGAACUGUAAAGGCAAUUGCUGUUCAUAGGGUGACUAAAGCUGAAAGUCACAUCGUUAGCAAAACAUUUACCGUCGUACAGUUAGCGAAUUCUAGCAGCAGCGGUAGCGUUUCUGGAGACGAACAUCCAAAAUCAAUUGUUCCAGCUCACGGUGAUACUCAUUGUUCCAUGGAUGACUCAUUGGAUAGCUUUUUAAAAAAAGGUACAGACCAGGGAUUUGCAGCCACGAAUCACUCGGGCACGCAGAUCAAUGUCUAUGGCAGUGUACCAGGCGUAGGCUGGGACAUGAAAACUCCCGAUGGAAACAACUUUACCAGCAACUUUUUACCACCUCUCCAAGCGCCACAGCUAUAUGCCCCGCCGCUCAUCCCAACAGAACCCGGAAUUACACAACAACAACUCACUGCUAUUGUCGGCCAUUUGACUCAGGUGUUGAUAUUUGCUAGUUUUAUUCUUAAUUUUUUAAGCUUAUUAAAAAAGUUCAACCAAACGAGUACUUCUCUUUUAAUGAUUCCCUUUUCGUUAAGGCGCUUGCUAUAA